GAAUCCCGAAGUGGGCGCACUUUCUGGCUAGCUACCCGGUAGGGAUCCUAGUGUCCCCGUUCAAAAACAUUAUCGUUCCGUAAAGGGAUGGGAAGCGAAGCAACACAAUAAACACCGAAGUUAGAGUUCAUGUGACCGUGGCGGUUUUUACCGACCUAAGAAGGAUACUACAUUGCAGCCGCGUGCCAAGGAAAGAGGCUUAAACGGGGCAAGGGCGGUCCCGUUUUGUUCGCCGGAUCUAAUGUUUCCUAAACCUUAUAGCGACUCGGAAUUGUUGUGGAGGCGGUAGUGGUCCAUUCAGAUUGAACAUUGUCGUGCCAAGAUAGGAGGAGAUUUUCCCGGCAGCAACAAAAAAGUGAGUUUUGGUGCUACUGGAAACGAUGGGAAAAGUUUUACCUUCGAACCGAAUUGGCACAUUGUAUCGUAAUCAGCCACAUUUGGCAGCGGCUAGUGAACCGAAACGUCGAGGCAGAAUUGAUCGAUUGGAAGAUAACCAACCAAGCAACACGAAAACAAUGCAUUAAACUGUGCUCGGAAUUUACUGUUUACCGUGGAGAUUUGUGCUUCGUGGAGAUUGAACCGGAUUUCGCAGAAAAUGCAACUAACUAUUCCAUCAAAGUCUGUAACUGUGGAUUCGGGCAGAUGAAGUGUUAGGAAAAAAUCUCGACUGGCACUUUCAAUGAACAGAGUGAAUAGGCCAACCGUACUCAACUCAGCAGUAGGCGAUGGACGGAAAAGUGCUCUGGUUUAUCUUCGAAUGGAGCAAUGAAACUGAAUAGCCAGGCGAAUAUGUACAAAUUGUCUAGUGAUUAUAGCUUCCUUGGGGAGUAGCUUUUCGAAAAUUCCUAUGGCUUUGUGAAGGGUGGAUAUAUAGAAAUAGACUAGAAACACUCCGAAACCUCAUCUAACAAAGUGUUUCUGUAAAGUGUACGAAAAAAGAGCACAAAUAAAGUAAACAAUUACGCAAAGAUGUUUCGGAGCCAUAUGUGAGUUCAAACGAUGGGAUUGUCCGGAUAUUGGUUUGCGAAUGUUCCCGCCCUUCCAAAGCCAAACGUUCGUCACGGCAUGGAAAGCAUGCACAUUUAAGCUCUACCCAACAUUGCCGACCAUCGGGCAAAGGAAGUAAAAACGAUGGGUAAAACAGGCUUCAUUUAUCAAUCUGCCAUGUCUGGAUCCGUUGAAAGUGUGGAAAACUCAGAAUGAACCCGUAAGAAAUGGCGAUGAAAGACCAAGACAGGAUGACCGAAGAAGCCGACCCGGUGGUGUUUCGACGAAGGAUGCACCACGAAAUGACGACAUGAAUCAAGUUAUUCACUUCUUUACUGGUGGUCGGUCUAUCCGAAGAAGUAUAUCAGCCUGGUGGAACGGAGAGUCAUACCCCAAGCAUCCUGAACGAAGGAAAUUGUGUUACCGUCGGGGAAAAAAGUUAUUUUCGUCCCGGCCUUUUACGGGUGGUAGCCACGGUCGAAAACUGUUCAAUCAUUUCGCUUAAGUGAAGAAGAAUGACUGAACCCGACGAGAAUUGACAGAAAAAAAAUAUACAUAGUAUAAGAAAGGUACAAACAUUACAUUUUUCUAGUGAAAUUGGUUGCUUAUCACAGCACAAGUGAAACCAAAUACUCUCGAGAUGAGAAGGACGAGCACUUAGUCAUAAAACUACAAGACAACUGGCAUCCAAGUGAAGUGCUAGGUCAUUAAGGAAACAACAACAAGAAGUUCUUCCAUCUAACUCUUGAAACACAUUAAUUGCUGCAGCACUUUCGAAUCCUUCCGCUAGCUAGUGGUGGAGAACGGAGAAGCGAGUGAACGGACCAUUAAAAACCACUCGCCAACCAUGAAGUCCGCAAUCCUGUACCCCUAUGGACCACUUCGCGCAAAUGGGUGCUGCCGAAUGCUGCAUGCGAAACAUUUAGCGUUGACGAGUGCAAUUUACACGCUGAACAUUUCCAUCCUAGUUGUGCUGCUCUAUUCGUGGCGAAUCAGCGUCAACGUGAAAAAGUACAGCGAUUUGGAGGACGUCUACUACGGUGUUCAGAUUGCAUACUUUGCCAUCAUCGGAACCCAGUGCUCGAUGAUACUGCUCAGCGUGGUGCUGCUGUUCGGCAUUUACAAGGAGAACAUUGGUCUAGUCGUCCCGUGGAUAAUCGGAUUCAUUACCUUCAUGGCGCUGGAAGCUGUGGCGAUGGUGUACUCUAAUGUUCUGCGGGAUCACGUAAACCGGCAAUUCGACUCGUUGUGCAAAGCUGAAGUGGCCUUCUUCAUAUCGCGAGCAUUCAUCAACGCACUGGCAAUGUGGGCCGUUACCCGUUUCUACAAUCUGCUGCGGGCGGGUGUAACCUGGAAGGGACCGGAGGUGAUCGAACUAUGACACAACUCGAACGACACGGAGAAAACGCUGGCGUCUCUCCGUGACGAAACCCACCUCAUUGUGCGGAUCCGACCCGACCCGAGUGGUGGUGGUGGUGCGGGUGGAAUCGAUAGAAGUCGAAACGGAACCGGCAACGGUGCUGGCGAUAACGGUGGAGACAGCGAGGAGGACGACACUGAUGACAAUAUGAUUGAUGCUUCUGGUAGCGUCGGUAGUCGGGGGAGACGAGAUGCAGGCGGAUCAGGGUACCCGAGGCAAUUUUCACGUGACUGUAACUCGGAUGACAAUGAAAAGAGUGCAGGAAGUGGAAGCGAUGAGGACGACUCACUGCUGGUUGCGUAUGAUAGCAACUCGGUGGCAUCCGUUUGACAAUAUCGAAUGCUGGCACGGAUCGCGGCAGAGUUCCAGGCGGACAGUUCCGUGUUGUUGUUCUUGAUUAUAUUUAGUAUUGAGGUUUAUGCGCAGAUUUUUAUAUUUUUCUAGACUACGAUGAGUGUAUAGGUAAGACAUAUUGUUACACUUUGACGGAAAACGAGUUUCCUGUACAAAUUGCUUCCAACGUAAAUAGGACGAGCGGAUGAAAAGAGGUACGAAAAUGAGGCUUUGGA